CUGUGCUUCACUAGAUUUACUAGAUCAUCUGAGAGAUUUAACUGAAUCAAGAUGCUGCUAGUGAUUGAAGCUCUUCUUCUCAUUUUAGCUGCUCUAGGACAGGAUAACAGAACUGCUGCUACUGAUGAAAGACAAAUAUUUCCACUGGAUAUGGCAGAAAAUUCAGUUGAUGACAAAUUUGAUUGGUGUAUGAAGAAAAUGGAACUUCGUGUACAGACAGAAUUUCUGAAGAAGGAAAUGAACUCUAACUCUGUAUUUGCAAAAGUUUGGAAAGAUGCUGAACAGAAUCACAAACUGCCAGGAGAUAAUUUGUCAAAGAAUCAUUCAGUUGCCAUUUAUGCGUACACUAACUCAGCUUUUAAUCUAUAUCAGCUCUUCAAUGAUGCUGUUCGUUCUGGUAAACAAAAAUAUACAGACGAGAAAUAUGCAUGGUAUGGUAUUCACUUUUGGUUAACGGAAGCGAUACAGAUUCUGAAGAAAACACAAACUAAAUGCUAUACUACUUAUCGUGGUACUUGGGUUGAGUUUGAUAAGAAUGUUAAGGGCAAAGAAAUUUGUUUUGGUUCAUUUACGUCUUCCUCUCUUGAUCUUAAAGAGGCAGUACGUUUUGGAACUAAAUCUUGUUUUGAAAUCAGAACUUGUCAAGGUGCCGAUCUGUCAAAAUAUUCUAGGUUUCCUGGUGAGAAAGAGGUGCUGAUUCCUCCAUACGAGACAUUUAAAGUCACUGAUAUGAAGACAAAAACAGAUCAGAAAGAUCUCUGGUGUGAUACUGUGUUCACUUUGAAAAACUACAAAACAAGAAGUUUCCUGAACUGUGCAGUGGCACAUAACACUGGAAACCAAGUUGCUUUUAUGAAUGUUUUACUAAUUUUAACCUUACUUUGCUAUUUGUUUAACUACUAA